CAGUUGGCAACAGACUGUCAAGUGAGUCGGUUGGUGCGUCCGAGUCACCGUCAUACGUUGCUGCUCCGGAGGAUCGAGACGCGCUUGCGGCGGCGUUGCGUCAAGUCCGCGAGUCCGCUCGUCUCCCUCGGGGGCCAUCGUGAUCCGAGCGACGCUGCGUCAACGAUCAGGCGGCGCGGCUGCCAUGGGGCCCGUGGAAGGGAUCAUUUGACCCACGGGAACGACUCCAGGCUCGGUGGGAUCGUCGCGUUGCCUCGAGUGAGAGCUGCGAAUCGGUAUGCACUGCCUAGGUGCGGUGACGGCUGGCACGUCUAGCCCGAACGGGGUUGGCGGUCGGGAUGGUACUCUUAGCGUGUUUCGAGCCCUUGGAGUCCUAGUGUGCGAAGGGAGAAUCCAGGGCCCUCCGCGUGGAUACAAAGAGGGCCCGCACUGCGCACCGCCUAUGCAGGCGGUCCCGAACGAUCACGUGUGUGAGGAGAACAACUAUUUGUGCGAUCGAUACUUGGUACUAAUCCGAGAGAUCGCAGAACGCAUUGCCACUGGUUCGUUCUUGUGCGUGGAGGUGCUUCUGUGCAGCGACUGUCCCUGCGGUUUGGCGAAAUCCACGAGCAAGUAUCCCGUUUGCCCCGUGCCGUCCUUGUCCAUCUCACCAUGGCAGCACACUUCGGAUAUGUUACUGGAGUACUGGUGUAUUUCCAUUGUACCAAGCAAGAGUCCAGAGACGAUGAAUUAUCAAGGAUUGUAUCAGGCGGUACGCUCGCGACUGCACUUCAGCCAAGUCGCGGCUUGGUGGUCGCGCAGCAAUGGUGCGGAGCCAAGUUACAUUGCCACUCGUAUCGUGCCACACAACGAAGACAAUCUCAGGAAGUUUCGAGAGACGCCGGUGGAACACACCUUUCCUUUGGCUGGUAACGGCGACGGGAAUUCUAUUAAGAUCACCGUUUGGGCAUUACCGCGGAUGGAGGAGGUGCCCGUGCUGACGUGCUCGUUGCACCCGAAGAAGGAGAAAGACGAGGAGGAUAUCGCGAGGGCGUUGACACCCACCAAAAGCAUCCCGGUGACUGUCGCAGCGCAGAAUCCUCUCGAGGGUUUGGUUUUGCCUGCUCUGGUGGACGACAGACUACAGACAUCCUGCAACAAGUCCGGCAAGCACCACUGUCAUUGCGAGGAGGAAGACGCGUCCCCUCUGUCACCCACUAUCAGGUCCAACAGCGAACGGAAACGUCGCCGUUCACUCCCGUGCGGUCCAGCGGAGAACUUUUGCGUGACUUUGCAGCCCGUGCCGAUGCCGUCCCUCCAAGAAUCCAUCCUGCAGGAGACGAAAGACAACGUGAGGGGCACCACCGAGAUGGCGAAUAAUCGUAGCGCAGUACGGACGCUUCAGAACAGAUCGGAGAACAGGGACGAAGUGAGAACUCGUAACAAUCUGAAUCAUCUGGAGCGCUGCUUUAAAGCGCAGCUGAACAUCGAUGGUCGCGACAGCAGCCUGGAAAAACGUUCCAAGCGCACAAUGGAGAUGGCUGAUGUUGCCAACUCAAAGACCAACGUCGACAGGAUCGAAGAGAGCUACAAUAACUCCACUAAGAGCUCGAUCAAUCCUGGAAGAGGGUCCAACAGUUCGUCCGAGACCAAAGCCGCGGGACUGAAGGGUGCGCUGCUAGAGAAUCUCGGUCCUUUCGCUCCUCAGUUACCAUCAGGGUUAUCCUGGUCUUUCGUCUCCUCUUGGCAGAACAGUAAUAUGAACAGCAAGUUUCAGAGCUUCUGCGGCACGAAGGAAGCGCGCUUUAACGACUCCGAGAGGAGUUACAAACCACUGAUCGCCAAGGAGAGCAACGUCGCGAUCGAUCCCUACGCUCAGCCCAACCCCUUUCACGAGUCGAACCCUGGGCCUUCGACGUAUAAUAAUGUAUACUGCCGCAAGAUGGACAAUUCCGCUUGCACCGUACACCAGAGUUGCUUCAAGAACGUCAAUAAGACUGCUUCGGCGGAGGCGGUGUCGACUGGUCAGGAUGCAUUGGAGGUCAAUAAGGAAGAUAAUUCCGCCAAAGGUCGAGGGAGAACUGGCAAAGAAUUCAGCCAGCUGAUAUGGAAAUUAUCGAACUUUCCAAACGAGAAAGACAAGCAGGAGGAGGGAGGGAUCCUAGAUUGGUUCAGUAAAGUACCCGGUAGAAUGUUGGGUGUCACAGCUGCGAAGGGUUAUGCGGAAAACAGUAAAGCGAAGAGCAGCACGAAGCAGCCGGAGCAUCAUCAAGGCACUAACGAGAUCAAGUUCAAGAACUGCAAUCUGGAGCUGAGUCCGCGGGAAGUUAACGAGGUACUAGCGGUCCUGCGUGCCAGAACGCCAUCGGGGCGUCGGAAGGCUACCAUGAAGAACAUAAAAAGACGCGAGCGGUCCGAGAAGUCCAGCGAGGAGGGAGCGGCGGCGGAGAAGCUGUCGCCAAAAUGUGCGAGUUUAGAGAGCGCGAACAUGGCGACGAGUCGCAUGAAAGCUUGCGACGUUUACGACAGCAAGAGGUGGUAUAAGAAGGUGGAGUAUCCCUCGGGGGAGCCGACUGCUACUCUGGACCGUGUUUAUUACGACAAGAACGUUUAUCAGCCCGCGUACUCCAAGUUCUCCGACUCGAACAGAAGGCACGAGGAGCCGCAAGGUGAUGCGGAGCGCCUGCAGAACGUCUCCAACAAGGCAGACGUGCUGCUCGGGGCCAUUCUGCGGAACGGCAGCAGAGACCGGAAGGGCCAUUUGAACGUUUCAAACGGGACCAGACCGAGGUCGACGACUAGUAUUGAUGACGACGAUAGCGAUGAUUCUCGCGCGAGCCUCGAGAAGCUCGAUCAGGACCAUAGAACCGCCUGUGCCGACGAGAAGUCCUUGCCGCUCGCGGUGAACAAGAGAUUCAACAAGAUCCGACAGCUGUUCAAGAGGGAGGAUGAUAGAAGGACCACCGUGACGGAAAGUUCCGUCUUGCUGGAGAACGAGCAUUUGUCAGGUCUGCCGCGGUGUUCCAGCCCAGCGUUGUUGCGCUACAACAACGAGCAGCCGGCGAAUCUGCACAACUCUACGAGGAGCAAGACGAAGCGGCGAAUCGACUUCACGAAUUUUCCGGAGACCGCCGAGAAGAACGGACUGGCGACUCCAGGGCUCAGUACAAAAGACGCACAUCAAAAGCCACCAAUACAUAGUACAAAUAAUUUCGACGAUUACGAGUGCGAUUCCGCGGGCCUAAAUCGGCAAAUCAAUUGCGACAGGCUGCUCGUAGACGCGAGGGAACUCACCGAGGACGAGCUGGGCGACACGAGUGAGAGGGACACCGCCGUUCCGAAGAACAAUCUGACCACUGCGAUCACUCCGCAGAACGGACAUUCGUCUUCCAAGGUGCGAAACAACAAUAAUAACAAGGAUGGCGUGGUGGAGGAUGACGAGACCGUCGACAGGUGCGUGCCGUCCGCCCUCGAGCAGGAGAGAUUCCGCCGAUCGCUAGAGAACGCGACGUCGAUGGUGUUUCACAGCAGAACUGGCUUGCCUUUGACCUCUAGCCCGGCGCCGCUCAGGAGAGGUAGCUGCUGUUUCGAUUACGACAGCAGCUUGAAUUCCGUCUCAUCCAAAAGAAGCGCGCUGUUCGAGUUGAACACACCGCCAAGUCCGGGCGCGGUGUCACUGGAGGAGACUGAUCGCGAAACGGAGAUCGCUGGUGAAGGCGAGGAAACACCCAGAAGACGGUCCAGUUCUCGCCAUCGGCCGCAAAGUCACGCUCUUCUAGGAAGUUUUGAAGAGUCUGCGCUGAACGGUAGACUCGAACCAGUGUCUACUGUUCAUGGUUUUACGGCGGAACUCGGCGCUAGCGGUUCUUUCUGCCCGAAGCAUCAGAAGCUUCCAGUCACUGUGUUCUUCUACACGCUCGGUGACAACGACAAAGUCUCCACGCCAUACCUUGCUCACAUUAAUCUGGAGAAGAAAGGCUAUCAGGUACCGAGAAGCGGUACCAUCCAAGUGACCCUUCUCAAUCCAUUGGGUACAGUCGUUAAGAUGUUCGUAGUACUAUACGAUCUUACCGACAUGCCGCCGCGAUCUCAUACUUUUUUACGUCAAAGAACAUUGCGGGACAAAACACUACGCUACCUCGUUCACCUUAGAUUUAUGUCCAGCAAGUCAGGUCGAAUUUAUUUGCAUACGGACAUCCGUAUGAUCAUCUGCCGCAAGUCCGACGUGGACACGGCGUCGGACUUCGGCUCGGAGCCGCCGAAGGAACUCAGGAGCUACAUCCACGGCCCUACGAAUCCGAAAUUUUCGCCAAGGUGCUGAGCCACGUGGUUCUUUCCAUGGGGCUGCUGUCAAUCGUUCCGCCCGCCCAGUCCCCUUCACGUCGAGGUGUAAUCGACGACGCGUUGCGAUACUCAACAUCCAAAUUCCAAGUUCGAGGUUUCUUCUUCCGAAGCUACGCCGGCAACCGACAACAAGUACCGUCGCGUACCUUUCAACCGUGCCGUUGUAGGGAAAUAUGUAGUUAGAAUGUUCUUGUAAUUGACUUCUAAUUUUCAAACGUUGCUCCCGAGAUCUCGUAACACUGAGAUUUAGAGCUGGAUGUGUAAGCGUUAGUUACUCGAGAGACAAUUGUGAUAACGUUCAAACAAAAGAUGCAGACCAGACUUGACAAAGUGAUCAUUGAAUUAAUAUUUAUUGAUUUAUUUCGGAUCGCGAAGGGUUCGGGGCUUCGCGGAUCGAGAGAGUACGAGGAAAGAAAUCUGGAAGGGCUUCUAAGGACGGACUAACCGUUCAUGUUGGAAAAAUUAUUUAUUAUUGUAUGGAAUUAUAUAAUUUUUAUAAUACGUAGUACUAUAAGAUUAUAUAAACAGUAAUUGUGAUUAUGUUAUUUCUGUAAGAUAAUUCGGCUAACGUUUGCGAAAUGAAAAUUGCAUUCUUUGCACGUCGCGCAGUGAAGAAGCGUUAGAGAGUUAAGUCCUCUGAUUUGGUCAUUGAAUUCCAACAUGACCGGUCCGAUUGGAAUCGAGUCGAAAUUGCGAUGGCACUCCCGUGGGAGUGCUACUUUGAUCUAUGGUUCGCGCUUGCAGUAUAGGGUGCCGCGCGUGUAUCAGCGUGUGCCGCACGCGCCACACGAGUCUCUUCGUUUCAAAUUAUCUCUCUUGUGCCGUAGAGAUGUGCACUGAUAUUUUUUUUCAGUUGUACGAUUCUGUUACAUUAAGCCGAUUUGGUUUUUCCGUUUGAUCCGUAACAAUCGUGAAUCGUAAUCGGUCAGUUCGAAGCGCGCACUGAAGAGAUUACGCCAAUCCUCGUUUCUUUGUCCAGCGUUUAUAUUGUAAUCGCUACUAUAGUGCAUGCUGCUAACCAUUACACUUAUGGAGUUUAUCGCAGGCUGGACGAUCUCGUUGGGAGGCCAUUUUCUCAACUUAUAUUGCUGUAAAUAUAGUCAGGCGUAGAAUUGUGUAAGAGUUUUUAAGCGGGAUGAUACUGCCAUUGUGUGUGUAGCACCCUACGUUUAAAACGAUAAAAAAAACAAGUGAUAUAUAGACGCGCAAAGACACGCCGGUGCGUCCGGUCGCUCGAUCGUUCACUCGAAAUGUACAUAUAUAUAUUCGCGCGUGAAAAUCGAAACCGUACGACGAAGGUGUAUGUACGUGCAAUAAAGAGUACAAAGUUAAUUCGCGCACUGUCGCAUAAAAAAAAGGAUAAUAGAUCGUCGUGAUUUUGUCGUACGACGAAAGGAGAACUUCGGUGCAGAUUGAAACAUUCGUUGCCCUUCUUUCUCAAUUUUCGUUUCUUUCAGUUUUUUCGCGACUCUAUGCUGUCGGCGAAUGCGAGUAGAACGUGAACGACCGGAACCGGCGAGUUUUUCCGUGAAGGAAGUAACAAAAAUUAUUAUUUACGCAUAUAUAAUCACACACGUACACAUACACUCACUCGCUCACCCAUUCACACACACAUACACACACAAAAUACACAACACAUAUAACACAUAUGUAUAUAUAUAGACGUAUAUACAUAUACAUAUGUAUAUAUACGUAUAUACACAUAUAUAUAUAUAUAUAUGAAUAUGAACACAAUCUUUGUGUCCGUAGCACUGUGAUGAAUAUUUUGAUAGACUAUAAAAAGAGUAAUUAUUAUUAUUAUUACAGAAUAACUAUUUCCGAGUAGCGAACAUUGAUAGACGUAGAUUUAAAUGAUUCUAUUAAUAUGUCGUGCGAAAAAAAAAAAAGUGUAACCGUGCGUAAUUUACUAACUAGCAGCAAAAUCGAUACGCCCGUUUCUGAGUCGAGCUUCAGAGACAAACGAACGAGACACUCCAGUUUUCCCUUUAUUUUUCUAUGGAGCGUGCCACGAAUCACGCGGAAAAAAAAAGAUGCUAACGAGUGGAUAGGAAAGAGAGCUUAGGUUUUGGGUCUUUCAGCGAUAAAAAUCUAGAUUAGGACUUCGGAGUCGGCAACAAGUAAUUUCAGUGUCACAAUCGUCGAGUUGCGGCCGUUUGGGUGAGAAAACGUGGAACAAAAGAAAAGAAAAAAAAACUAAUAAAGUUUCGUUAUAUCACUUUUGCCGUGAUUUCUGCGAAAGCAGCUGUCAACAUCCUGAUAAUCAUGACGAUACCGAUUUAGCGGCGAGACAACGCUCACGAAACGUAUCUUCUGAAAAUUCGAUUGUCCGGGCUCGAAUUAUUUUUUUGCGAAGUAAGAGAGUUGCUGUACGUGUUAAGUGUGAUUAUUUUCAAUUGCGACUUUUUCCGACGGAGCAAUUGAAUAAUCGUAUAUACGCAUACAGUAAUCAGAAAUAUAAUAACCGCAUGUACAUAUAUAGAUAAUUUCGAUAAUGAAAAAAGUAUAAUUUGGCGUUCGUUGCCUUUUUAUCUAAAACAUUAUGCUUGUUAUCUUAUCGUUUUAUAUGCAAAGGAACGAACAUCUUUUACAGGCGAUCUUAAUCAAACCUAUCCGUUUUUUUGUCAGUAGGUGCUAAAAUCUUUUACAAAGAUGUCAAAAGAUUUUACUGCUUCUCUGAUGCAUAUUUUAAAAAUUUUAUUAGUCUCUCUCUCUCUCUCUCUCUCUCUCUUUUUCUCUCUCUCUCACGCACAUUCACUCACUUUCUCUCUUUUUUCUCAAGAGAAAAACUUUUCACAAUCGAAGUUCCUUUUCUUAUUUUCGUAAUAACCGUCAUAAUGUUGCGUAAUUGACGCGCUUUCGCGCUGGUAAAACUCGCUUUAGACGCUCUGUAAUCCGCGAAGGAAUUCAGGACAGAAUUUGUGAGAAAAUAAUUCGGUGCAUUCGAUGUAGGCGCGUGUGUACACACAAUGCUACGAAGCUUAGGGUAUUUUCCGUGUCAUAUGGCACACAAAACUACAAAUAGAGCUGCGUCCCGAAUUCCGCGUCGCGAUUUCUAGAUCAUCUAAAGCGAGCUCGCGAGACUCGCGACCAAAACAGAAAAUCAAUAGCAAUUUCUUUCCCACCUCACCAAAUCCAGAAUCAAUUAUCACAUUUAUUUUUGAUUGCACUCGCGAAUUCGUAGUCGGUAUUCUUAUCUUAACUCGCGCGUUAUUUCUAUACGCGACAGAAGAGAAUACUCGCGCGCACUAUAAUCUUUCUCGAUGAUAUCGACAAAACGACGAAGUUCGCGCUCGUAUUUUUGUAUAUUCGCCAGGUCGACUCGCUAGAUAUACAUAUAUCUUUCAGACGGACCGUCUUUCCGUGAUAUUGUACAGGACGACAGACGCUCGCGCCGUUCAACGAGAACGACUGCAAGCAGUACAGCGGCCUUAUUCUCUAAAAAAUAUCGCAAACGAUAUUUCUAUGAAAAGCUAUAAUUUAUGUUAUAUAUAUUAUAGCUCUUUAUCGAAACUCAGGUAGAAUAAAUAGUCAAAAUAAUAUCAAUCUCACGUCACUUUCACCAAAAAAAUGACGUAAAUUUGGUCAAUAUUUGGUCAAAGUGACGUCAGAUUGACCUUAUUUUUAUUAUCUGUUCUACUUGGAAAGAUCGUAUGCGAUAUUUUUCAAGAAUAUGAUCCCAGAUAAGAUAUAUCUUUCCGACGUUCUAUUUUUUUCUUUUUGAAAAAUAAAGUAGAGCGUCGAGAUAGUCGUGGUCAAUCGAUCGUUGAAAUUUAUUCGAGUCCCGGCUCGCAGAUGACUUCGGAGCAGUGAAUAUCGUAGCGUAUAUAGCGAACGGCAAGAGUAUGUAUAUAAUCACUGCCGAGUUUCUUGUAUGUUAAUAAUUUAUACGGGACAAGACACGCGCGUGUGAGAAAACUGGCUAAUUUCAGCGACAAAGUGUCAGUGGCUAUUUUAUCGACAAUCCGAAAGAAUAGCGAGUCGUUAUCGAGUAAUAUCUUUUAAUGAUGAGAAUAUUGUGAAGCAACGCACUAUCUCGAAUGCAAGUACUAUGAAAAUGUAAACAGUAAGACUUGAGCAUUAAGACGUAUUAAUAGCCGUUACUUGAAAUUUCUCUCAAAUGAGAUACUCAGAUUUAAGUUUAGAGUUAGAUGAGACCUUUAUAGAAAAGUAUCACUGGCUGUGAUAAAUUGGCCAGUAAUAAAUAGUAAUUUUAUCACUCGUACGAGUAAUAAAAUUAUUGAACAACAGUAAUUAUCGCUGGCCAAAUUAUCACUUAUCAGUAUUAAAUUUCUAUAAGGGGAAUUAAAUUUGAAUUCUCAGCUAAAUUACGAUUGCAGAUAUAUAAUGUUAUAUAAGUCACGUAAUUCAUGAAAACAAAAUUUGAUUUAAGGUAAAUGUCCCAGUCAGUGACACACUUAAUCUUUCAUGAAAGUGAACCUGUCAUUAAUUAAGUGAUCCUGUCAUUUUCAAUUAAAAAUCUAUCACUUAUAAGAUAAAUAAAACUUUUAUUUGUGCUAUA